AAUGAAGCACUACUCAACUGUUAUUUAUCUCAUUAAAGAAAUGGAACUGUCAACAUUUGCUCCUGAUGCUUGUACUCUAAAGUUUCUGACUAAUUGCUUUUGUCAUUUGAACCGGGUGUAUUUUGGCUUCUUUAUCUUAGCAAGAAGUGUGAAACUUGGUUUUCAAGUGGACUGUAUAAUUCUAAACACUCUUGUCAAGGGGCUCUGUCGUCGGGGUAAAAUUUCUGAAGCUGCAAAAUUAGUUAAUAUAAUGGAAAAGAUGGACUACAAACCUGAUGCAGUUACCUAUGGAACGAUAAUGAACGGAUUGUGUAGAGUAGGUAAUACGAGAAUGGCUAUUGGGUUGCUUAGAAAGAUGAAAGAAGGAAAUCUUGAACUUAAUGUAGUGAUUGUUGCUGGUGGAAAUCUUUUCAAGAGACGUACAAGUCAAGGAUCUAGCAUCGAGCUGGUUCUCUGUAUUCAAGUUGUACUCUUGGCGUUGUUGGAUGUUGGUGGUUGUGUUGUUCGGUUUGUUGAACGCUGCUCAGCUGCGGGAUUUUACAAGUUGGAUACUGUUGGUUUUUUGGUUGAUGAUGCUGCUAGUUUUUUAGUUUCAAAUUAUGUAUUUUUGUACCAUUCUACCUCUGCUAAAUCUACCAAUAGUAGUAGAGAUAUUGUGGAAAGCCCCAAUCAGUUCUUGAAAUCUGUGAGGGAUCGAAGCAGAUCUCGUAGCUUUAGGAAUCUUGAUGAUUCCUUAGGUGUGUUUGAUAGAAUGCUUCGCAUGCACCCUUUGCCUUCCCUCAUGGAUUUUAAUCAAUUGCUGGGUGCAAUCGCCAGAAUGAAGCAUCACUCAACUGUUAUUACUUUGAUUAAAGAAAUGGAACAGUCAGGAAUUGCUCCCGAUGCUUGUACUCUAAGGGUUCUGACUAAUUGCUUCUGUCAUUUGAAGCGGGUGGAUUUCGGCUUCUCUAUCUUAGCAAGAAUUUUGAAAUUUGGUUUUCAACCGGAUUGUAUAAUUCUAACAACUCUUGUCAAUGGGCUGUGUCUUCAAGGUAAAAUUGUUGAAGCUGUGAAGUUGGUUAACAAAAUGGAGAAAAUAGGCUAUAAACCUAAUACAAUUACCUACGGAACGAUAAUGAAUUGUUUGUGUAAAAUAGGUAAGACUAGUGAAGCUAUUGGGUUGUUUAGAAAGAUGAAAGAAAGAAAUUUUGAUCUUAAUGUAGUGUUGUAUAGUACAAUCAUUGAUAGUUUGUGUAAGGACAGAUUGGUAAUUGAGGCUUUAACUUUUUUCUCUGAAAUGACAAGUAAAGGAAUUCAGCCAGACGUUUUCACUUACAAUUCUUUAAUUCAGGGCCUAUGCAAUUUCGGCCGGUGGAAGGAAACAACUAAACUAUUGAAUGAGAUGGUAGAUAGGAAAAUCAUGCUUGAUUUGCAUACAUUCAGCAUAUUGGUGGACACACUUAGCAAAGAGGGAAAGUUGACAGAGGCAGAAGAAGUUUUUAAUGUGAUGAUUCAGAGGGGCGUAGAGCCUGAUACAAUCACUUACAGUUCUUUGAUUGACGCUUAUUGCUUGCAAAAUAAAAUGGAUGCAGCUGUCAAAGUAUUUAAUACGAUGAUUCGAAAGGGUUGUUCGCCUUCUAUUGUUAGCUAUAGCAUAUUGAUCCACGAAUAUUGUAAAAAUAGAAGAAUUGAUGAGGCAAUGAUUCUCUUCCGUGAAAUGACUAUCAAUGGCAUGAUUCCCGAUUCUGUCACUUACAACACUCUUAUUGGCGGGUUUUGCCGAGUUGGGAGACCUAAGAUUGCACUAGAGCUAUUCCACGAGAUGCAAGGUUGUGGCCAACAUCCCAAUGUCCAAACUUAUGCUAUUUUGUUAGAUAGCCUAUUUAAGAAUCUACACUUUCCAGAGGCAAUGGCAUUGUUUCAAGCAAUGGAAGACAAAAAGUUAGACCUUAAUAUUGUGAUUUACAGCAUCUUGAUUGAUGGUAUAUGCAAUGCUGGGAAACUUACAACUGCAAGAGAACUCUUUAAUACUCUUCCUACCAAAGGCUUUCAAGCUAAUGUUCAGACUUAUACUAUAACGAGCUUGUACCCCGUGCAAUGCACGGGUAACAAUCCAAAUGAGGAUGAAGGUGAGUCUGAGGAUGAGAAUACACAAGAGCUCCUUCGGUGA